AUGCCGCCAAGCGACUUCCUGCAAGGCUCGUCAUCGAGCUCGCGACAGCUCGGCCCCAAGGCAGCGUUCAACUCUGAUAUGGAGGACGACAACGUCGAUAGCGAGUCCAAGGGCUACAACAUCAAGAAGGGCAAGCAGUGUGCAUUCAAUAAUGCGAACCGCGCCGUCCUGUGUCGGAACCGGGAGCAGCUGAUCAGCCAAGUGACGGGGACCAUGCCUCAACAACCGGCACCCCCACCUCCUGCGCCGACGCUUCCUGCGCUGGGCCCGAGUGCCGGGCUGGACCCUCCGCGCAUACCAGGAGGCAUGCGCCAGCCCCAUAUGGCCGUGUGGCAGGAGGCGAUGCCAAUCCAGGCUGCCGACGCCUGGUCCGACUACGUACCGCUGAACCACCAGCAGUACUGGGAGUUGGUGCGGUCGGCCAGAGCCCAGGGAGGUGGCGCGUACAAUCAUGUGCGUGACCUCCUUCAUCAAUAUGCCGCGAACGGAGCCCUGGGCGCGUUCAACUACCUCCACCAGCUCAAGAUGAGCUGGUCGGACCCGCACCGCACGGAGACACAAUCGCAGGCCCGCCGCGCUCACCCGCUGGAGAGGUGGUUGGAGUACUGGCACCAGUACCUGGACACCUUGCUGGUGUACCUCCCUAUCACCCCUCAGCUGGGAAGGCCAACCCGAGAUCACACCCGGGGCCACAUCCUCCUGCGCGCCCUCAUCCCCAAGCUCAAGGGCGCCCAGCAGUCGGCCGAGCACGCACAGUUCCUGGAGUUCUACGAGCGCCGCAACCCCAACUCUGGGGAGGCCUUCCUCCAAUGGCCGCACACCAUGGCCGAGGUCACGGUCGUGCCCGCGCUCGUGGAACUUGCGCUGCAAAAGAACCCGGGCGCAACCACCAGUCACGUGACCGCGCCUCCCCCCCCCCCGGUAAUCGAGGGCAUCAACAUCGACGAAACCAUGGAGGAAGCGCAGGGGGUUGACGAGGGCCAGGCCGAUGAGCCUGGGCCCAGUGGUACAGUACUGUCGAUCGACGCCCCGGGCCCAUCACCUCCCUCAGCCUGA